AUGGCCGACCUAACUGAUGAAGAGCGAGCUGCGUACGAAGAUCAAUAUACGAGAGGAUUGAGGAAGAUGCGUGAUUUUCGAAUUUACACACAAGACUUUGUGGACGAAAUUGAAUUCAUGAGCGCUGUCUGGCCAGAGAAAAUCGUCUUUCAUGAACACAAAAUACCUGAGCACUGCAAACGCUUGGACGAUAUGAAAGCCAUGUUUGACCAGCGCAUGUGGGAAGGCGCUGAUAAGCGAGAAGACGAUAUCGGCAAGAAAGUUCGCGACAUACGAAAACAAAUGCAGGAACUCGAAAACACCCUCAAGAUCCAUUUUCGCCCUGCUUUUGACCGCUACUAUUUAACCCUGAUCAACACUUCAUUUUAG